AUGGCCGCUAUCAGCCUCUCACAUGCACCACUCACUCCACCGGAACUCUUCUCCAGCCGCCGCAUCUCCGCCGCGUCGCUCCCUGGAAGGAAACCCUUUUCCGCUACCUUCGCCGGCGUUUCCUCCUCCGAAGCCUCCACCGCCCCGCCGGAAAAGCCACAAAUAGAGAUGGAAUUCAUUGGGCCCAAACCUGGAGAUGAAGUGAACAAAGCAAAAGCUGUGAGUGGUGAGAAGCUGCUGAGGAACAUUAUGUUGGAUAACAAGAUUGAGCUCUAUGCUGCUUAUGGGAAGGUAAUGAACUGUGGAGGAGGAGGGAGUUGCGGAACGUGUAUAGUGGAGAUCAUUGAUGGAAAGGAUCUUCUGAACGAGAGAACAAACACAGAGCUUCGAUAUCUGAAAAAGAAACCAGAAUCUUGGAGGCUAGCCUGCCAAACUAUAGUUGGGAAUAAGGAAAACUCAGGAAAGGUGGUCGUCCAAAGGUUGCCCCAAUGGAAGAAAUGA